AUGUGCAAACUGCUUCAAGAUGGUCAGUCUAAACUACUAAUGGUUGUAAAUGAAAUCAAAACAAAUCAACAGCAGUUGGAAGACAAAAUCACUGACAUCUCUAACCGGCUCCAGAAUGUGGAAACUAAGACUAAUGUUCUUGAUAGACUGGAUUGUGAGGUACGCGCUGCACAUCAGGUUCUAGAAGAAGUUAAAAAAGAAAAUGCAUUCUUGCGUGCUAGACUUGACGACCUCGAAGAUCGGUCUCGGCGAGACAAUCUAAUCUUUCAUGGUAUAGAUGACUCGCCCUCAGAGACCUGGGCCCAAUCUGAGCAAAAAGUACACUCGCUGCUUUCUAACGUCCCUGAGCUGAGCAUUUCUGAAGAGGGAAUCACUCGUGCGCACCGGCUUGGUACGUUUUCUCGAAACAAGUGUCGACCAGUAAUGGUAAAACUUGUGUCAACCAAAACUAAAGAGAGCAUCCUUUCAGCAAAAGCUAAACUAAAAACAUGGAACGUCUCAGUCAAUGAAGACUUCGCACCAGCCACACGUUAUGCACGCAAGAAGUUGUUUGACUUCGCAAAAUCUCAGAGUCCCAAUAGUAUAUUUAAAAUAAGGUACAACAGGCUUCACCUAAACAAGAAGUGUUACGCCUACUGCAGUACG